CUCCAUCACCAAAACCCUAGCUUUAUCCCUCCAAUGGCUUCCCAAGCUGCUCACCACCUUCACUCUCACUUCACCUCCCUCCCACUCCCAAGCAGAAGACCAAGAAAUGGAUACUCAGCUCCACGCUCGCUCACCGUUACUGCCUCCAAAAAUCCGCCAAUCCAGGGCCGGAAGCUGAGGGCCGCUGUGGUCGGCGGCGGCCCAGCAGGCUCCUCCACCGCCGAGGCCCUGGCCUCCGGGGGCGUCGAGACCUUCCUCUUCGAGCGGAGCCCAGCCGACGCCAAGCCCUGUGGGGGCGCCAUCCCGCUCUGCAUGCUCGACGAAUUCAGAAUCCCGCUCCGGCUCGUCGACCGCCACGUCACCGAGAUGAGGAUCAUCUCCCCCUCGAACCUCACAGUCGACUUCGGCAAGACCCUCCAGCCCGGCGAGUUCAUCGCCAUGGUCCGCCGCGAGGUCCUCGACUCCUUCCUCCGGUCCCGCGCCGAGUCCGCCGGCGCCAGCCUCAUCACCGGCCUCGUCACCGAUCUCGAGGUCCCCACCUCGGGUUCCGCGCCGUACGUCGUGCACUACAUCAGCAACAGCUCGCGGCGGACCCUCGCCGUCGACGUCGUCGUCGGCGCGGACGGCGCCAACAGCCGAGUCGCGAAGUCGAUUAAGGCGGGUGAUUACUCGUGCGCGAUCGCGUUCCAGGAGAGAAUCAGAUUACCGGACGAGAAAAUGGAAUAUUACCAAAAUCUCGCCGAGAUGUAUUUGGGAGAUGACGUGUCCCCCGAUUUCUACGCUUGGGUGUUCCCCAAGUGCGAUCAUGUGGCCGUCGGCACAGGUACGGUCUGCUCGAAGCCGGACAUAAAGGCUUUCCAGAGAGGGAUGAGGGAGAGAGUGAAGCCGAAGAUCGCCGGCGGGAAGGUGAUCAAGGUGGAGGCCCACCCGAUACCAGAGCACCCUCGGCCGGUGAGGGUCCUUGGUAGGGCCGCGCUGGUUGGGGACGCGGCCGGCUAUGUGACGAAGUGCUCGGGCGAGGGGAUAUACUUCGCGGCGAAGUCGGGGAGGAUGUGCGGGGAGGCGAUCGUGAAGGCGUCGGAGGGGGGGAUGAGGGCAGUGACGGAGGAGGACCUGAGGAGGGAGUACCUCAGGGAGUGGGACGCGAGGUACCUGAGCACGUACAGGCUGCUGGACCUGUUGCAAAGCGUGUUCUACCGGAGCAAUGCGACGAGGGAGGCGCUGGUGGAGCUGUGCGGCGGGGAGUACGUGCAGAGGAUGUCGCUGGACAGCUACAUGUACAAGAGGCUGGCGGCGGGGAACCGGUGGGAGGAUGUGAAGAUGGCGGCGAACACUGUGGGCAGCCUGCUGAGGUGCCAGAUCAUGGGCCGCCGGAUGGAGGCUCUCAAGGCCUGAGAGAUUGAGAGAGAUUUUCAAAUGACUUCCAUUUUUAUGAGGAAGGAGGCUAUCUCCUCUUAUUCUUCAUUUGAAAAAUGGAGGGAAAAUUGAACUUUGAUAUCUAACGUUAUUCGACGAACCCAACUUAUGUUGUAACCACCGGCAAAUAGGAUCGAGAUCUGACUGGUUCGAGCAAGAUCGUCGUUGGAUGGUUGGGGGUAA